AAGUAUUCUGACUCAUGGUUCUCAUGAUUGAUGAUCUAACCUCACUUAAAUCUCUCAAUUACAUUUGCUCUUAAAGAUAAUUUGGUAAUUAACACGAUGGACCAGAAAGCAAAAAUUGAUCAAUCUUGUCGAACUGCCGAGGAAUUCACAAAGCUGUAUUAUGAAAGUACCGAUAAAAGGCGUCAUUUAAUAUCGAAACUAUAUCUUGAUAAUGGAUUGUUGACAUGGAACGGUAAUGGAAUAACAGGAAAUGACAGAAUACAAAAGUUUUACAUGGAAUUACCAUCCACGGAUCACAUAAUAACAACUUUAGAUGCACAGCCAAUUCUAGAUAAUGCUGUAAAUGGUCAACUGUCCUUUUUAAUACAAGUUAGCGGUACGGUUAAGUAUCAAGAUAAAGUACCAAAGUCGUUCCAGGAAAGUUUCGUCAUAACUGCACAAAAUGACAAAUGGAAAAUUGUAAGCGACUGCUUCCGACUGCAAGAACCUUUGAAUACAGAAAAAAACUAGUAUUGUAGUGAUGUAUAGUUUUUGUACCAUUUUGUGUAAUAAGGUAUCAAAAUGACUUCUUGUUUGUUUUCCAUUUUCUUUGUGAGUGGCGAUUCUUUUGAAUUCUCCACGAUUGUUGUUAGAUCGACAUGUUAUUCUUGCCCUUUACUAUGAACUUUUAAACACAAAGUAUGAAUGGAAAGUAAUUUAAUUGUAAUUUUUAAAGGACAAUAAAACUGAAAGGCAAGCCAAAA